CGCUUCUUGCCAUUGCUGUAUCGAGCUCUCCCUAGAAAGAGAAAAGCCCUAGAUCUCUUCAUCUCUCGCCAUGAAGCUCGUAAGGUUUUUGAUGAAAUUGAACAAUGAAACAGUUUCAGUAGAGCUUAAGAACGGAACCAUAGUUCACGGAACCAUCACAGGUGUAGAUGUUGGUAUGAACACUCACUUAAAAGCAGUGUAACUCACUUUGAAAGGGAAGAAUCCAGUCGCGUUAGACCACUUAAGUGUCAGGGGAAACAACAUUCGCUAUUAUAUUCUUCCGGACUCCUUGAAUCUCGAGACUUUGCUGGUCGAAGACACACCAAGAAUCAAACCGAAAAAACCAACUGCAGGAAAAGUUCCACCAGGUGGUCGUGGACGUGGACGUGGGCGUGGAAGAGGUCGUGGACGUGGCGGCCGGGGUGGUCGUUAAGCACUAUGCAGUGAUCCGAAGUAUGAUCUAUCUUCUUAUCUUAUAACUUUUCAUGAUUUUGAGAUUUGAUACGUUAUUACCAAACUAAU